GAAAUUUUCAUGAUUCUUAACCGGUACUUUGGUGCGAAUCGGUUCAUUUCCUCGUUGAAUUCGAUCGUCUUUCGCAGACUGUCAAAGAGUUCGUCCCGUUCUCUCUCCACAAUGGAUCCUAACUUAUCAGCAAAGGACCUUCGACAAAUGUUCGUGGACUUCUUUGUGGAAAAGUACGCGCACACAUUCGUUCCCUCUUCGUCCACGAUUCCACAUGAAGACCCAACCUUGCUGUUCGCGAAUGCUGGCAUGAAUCAGGUACUUUAACAUUAAAAAACAUUUUCUGGUGGUUGACCUGAAUAAAAAAGUAAAUGCCUUGCUUCAGUUUAUAAAAGGGAUCGCGAAAGGAACGUUUCAACUUUAAUUUUGCCACCAAGCUAAGCUUUUAUCGCAGCAGUAAGCAUAUCUGUUUGUAAGCUUAAUUAAAACAAGAAUCGCCGAAAGGCGAUUUUUAACUGGGCUGCCAAGGGGCUAUUUUUUCUGAGGGGAGGGGGCGGCUAUACACACUCAGGCUACCAUAAAACCUUGUCGGCAACCAUUGCAUGCGACAGAACCUCAAGUGAGACUGAAACAUAAACUCAUUCAAAACAUUGUACCCUUUUGAAAGACUUUCGUAACCCAAAAAAAAGAGUACUAUUUUUAAGUGGGGGCUGUAUAAUAACGUUUAAAUUCCACCACUAUGAAUAAAAAUAGACAAGUUAGCCAUUAAUUCUAAGCAGGAAACAAUUUGCAUUAUUUCCACGUACCCCUCCCCUAAUCCCUCUGUGCCCCAAAAUAUAGCGUGACAGUAUAACGUGACGUAACUGGAAAUUCCAAAAAUUGUUGUCGUUCUACGAGUAUAAUGAGCUGAUUUACACUAGACAGAAAUAUUGUAUUAUAUGAAAACCAGAAGUAUACUAAAACAGACAGUUAACUGCCCAUUGAUCCCGCCUGAUCCAGGGGCCUCACUGACUGCACAGAGACUUUACUGCGCUUUUCACAAACAUGCGAACUCUAAAGUUCAAAAGCCACCUUCACAAUUGUGUUUAUUGCUGCCGUCAAUCAUAAUUACGAUCAAAAGCAACGAACCUUGAAACAGAGAAACACACAAAACGGAUCGAAAUCCACAAAUCACAAACUAUGACCUUUUGAACCCGUGAGGUAGAGUUUUGUUUCCUAAGAGGUCCGUUAAGAUGAUUGACAGCAGCGAAAAACGCAAUCGUCGGUUGGCUUCCGAACUUCGUUUGUGAAAAGUGCGAUCCUAAUUUGCGGUCCACAGUCUACAAGAAAACGCACUAUUUUUUCCACAAGAAGAAAAAUAUUCAGUUUUAAGAUUUUCCUCACGGUAUUUUUCUCUAACUUAAAGGAAUAAAAUCCUUUGCAUUUUGAGACCUAAAAAAGUUUAAAGACUUCUCGUUCGCAUGUUGCGUUCACCAGCACGCACUUCAAACAAUGUGAAUAGAUGAAACGAUCGAUAACAUAUUUUUUACCUGAUACCGAUGCGAGUUAAAAAUUCGCUCCAGUUCUGUUUGUCUCACCCAAGACGAACUUUUCUUCAUGGAAGAUAACUAUGCCGCUUUAUAACUCGUCCGAAGUUUUUGUGCCAGCUAAACAAUAUGGAAACACUAUUCACAGUGACUCCUUGGAUAUUAAGAAGACUGAACGUGACGCACUAUUACGCCUUUGUUUCCUUCUGAUCACAUCUUCAAGCGAAGUCUCUCUUUUCAAGCGAUUCAUCUCAAUGCACAAUAAUUGACCCUUAUAUUAGUUAAAACCCUAUGGUUCAUUUAUAUAAAUGCUGUUUUUGCCCCUCACAUUGACUGUGUUCGUUCGUAUUCAAAACACCUUUACGAAAAUAAAGGUCGUAUAAGUCAUGUGUGUUAUGUUUCGAGAUAAAUGGAUUAUACGCUUUUUUAAGUUUCCAUUUUGCGGUCACUUCAGUUAACAUCUUCAUAAAAUGGUAAAAGAAAUAUCAAUAAACAUCACGAGAGCUAAAAAACUUUCAAAGGCAUGUUUCUGAAACUCGCUAAUGCUGACAUCAAUAUAGCGUGCUUGCUGAAUGGGCGAAAACACAGAAUUGUGAUCACAAGAUCAUGUACAAAUUUAAUGAUAAAAGUUUAGCAAGAUACAAAUACAAACAAAAGCAAACCCCCUGAAACCUCGACGUGGGCUACACUUGUAUGCUCUACUCAGUCACCAAACCUUGUCAGUAAAAGCUCCUAUUUUCCUCAAGUCGCUCUCUGUGAAGCUCCCGGAUGGGAUGUUCCGGUGAAGCUUUAAACUUGUGCAUUGUGCGCAAAAUUCUCAGAGUCCCUAUUUUUGUCUGUGUCUUCUUUAUCCUCAGUAUCUGAAAUUUAAACCUCCAAAGUGGCGUGUGUUGCAUUAAAUAGAAGGAAAUAUUUAAAGGAAAAGCCAGUCUUCUAACAUGGCAAAGUUGUCAUGUCCCUCGCUCAUAGACGUGCGUAGUGCCAUUCAUCGGCAACUGAGUUGUUCGCUUCACUGACUACGAAGGCUUACAAUCAAGUCUUCAGCCAUACUGUCGUCAACUGGUGAAAUACCUUGCUCAUAAAUUGUGCUUCUUAAUUGCUCAUGUACUACAUCGAUCGAUAAUUCUCUCUUUGAGUUCACGAAGCGGCCACGGCGUUCCAAACCUGACGCUCACAGUCAUCUUUUAGUGUGAACCUACCGUGAACAGCGUGUCGGUUUGAAUGCAACGCGAGCAUUUCUCUGAGUUUCCCAGCGCCAACAUCAUCUAACUGACUUAAACUCGAACAAUAAAAAAAUUAUAGAGUGACUCCCAUGAUCGAAUCGCUUCGAACAACGCAAAUAGCCUUCUUCAGGUUCGCAACGCUUUGUGGGUUUUCAGGGGGAGCACAGACGAGGUACAAAAAGUAUCCGUGCAAGGGUUCGUGCAAGAGAAACUCAUAUGAAACCAUUUGUGAGAACAUCGUUUCUUGGUACCAGACCCUGGUGUCUUCCCUCCCCCGGGAGACCACUUUUUGACACCGACAACCGAAAGCCCAUUUUAUGACUGGGCGCACAGGCAACCCAGUAAUGACAAAUUAAUGAGCUUGCUUAAAAAGCACGUGAAGUAAUUAUAAGCUUUUAUUAUCAUAAUCACUUUACAGGCCGACUUUUCUGCUUUCGUUAUAGAAAAUCGAUUGAUAUACAGUACUGCCAGUUAGACCUUUCCUGGUUUCACGAAUAAUUAACAUAAAUCGAUUAUUGGUUAACCAUUGUUAUUGGAUGUUCACAAUGCAUCAGUCAAUUCCAGCUGUGCCCAGGCUCCCCGGGCUACUUUAGGGCAUUUGCUUGCCUUGUCAGCCCCGGUGGUGGGGCAUUACAUACUGUAGCAAAUUUUGCGCUGCCCAGGGGUUGAGCAUUUACCAACCCCUGGGCCACCCCAGAGCUUUUGACAUGCACGUGGUUUCCUAUCUGAAUAGAGGGCUGUCAACCCCCCACAUCAUCAAAUAUUGAGAAUUGACAGGGAAGUGAUGAUAGAUGACAUCAUAAUGCACGAAACAUGAUGUCAUUUGAAACACGCAAAAAAGAUGUGUUUAUUGUAACAUUUGACCUGAUUGGUUUACUUCCCACCAAUCACAUUAUUGCUUAUGUUACGAUGGCAUACCGGAGUUUCUGAGGAAAAGAAUUAUGUUAACAGUUUAUAAAUAGCUCAAACAAAAUAUUUGGUUAUUGAAAAGUUUCUGUUGGUAUUAUUUGAAGAACAUCCUUUCAUAUUUAUAACACUAUUCAGAAAAGAUAACUUUACAGCACACUAUUAAUUUUACUCUCAGUAAUUUUAUUACAAUACUAAAAAAAUAAACAUGUCUUGCGGGGUGAAGUCUUUAUUAGAAUAGCGCUAUUACAAAGCAAACAUUUGUUGAAACAAAAUAUCACACAUUAAAAUGCUUAAAAUGGCACUCCUCGAUUGUGCAAUCAAUGAAAAAUGUUGCAGUGUUGAUAGAAGAUGGGGCAUUUUCCCUCCUUUUUCAUCCCCACCCCAGGGGAUUUGACAGCUCAAGAUUCCCCGCUCCCAAGAACUUGCUGUCCAAGGCAAAAAAAGUGCUAAUGCCCGGGGGUCAGCUUGGCUUGGGGACUCGCGUUGGGGGAGGGGGAAGCUGGCCCAGCUGGAAUUGACUGAUGCUAAAGGCUGGUUUUCACUGGCGACGGAGUCGGAGUCAGAGUCGUAGGCGGAAUCCUAAGAGCGCUUGUGACCUAGUGAAAAUCAAAAAUUGGAGUCAUAAGCAUGACGGAAUCAGAGUCAGAAGAAUCAGAACGUUUCCAUUUCUUCCGACUCCGCUUAUGACUCCAUCGCUUGCGUUCUGCUUAUGAUCUAGUGAAAACCAGAUUGUGGGAGUCGAAAGCAGAAGCACAAGGAUAAACCAAUCACAAUGCACGUUCCUAUGCUUUGUGAUUGGUUUAGUUCUUCCGCUUCUGCCUCCGACUCCAACAAUCCAGUUUUUACUAGAUCAUAAGCGGAACGUAAGCGAUGGAGUCAUAAGUAGAAUCAGAAUGCUGUUUUCACUAGAUCAUAAGCUCUAUGCCUCUGAUUACAACUCUUGACUCUGACUCCGUCACUAGUGAAAACCAGCCUUAAAGAUUCAGCUUCUGUCCAUAUUUUAAGGUGGCCAAUGAUAGUGAUAUGACCAUAGGGUGACAGUGGAAUGUAUCUAUUUCAACUCUCUAGGAUAUAUGCACAGUCAAGUUCAUCAUAAAAGGGGAAAGGGUCAGUUUGAAAGGUCAAACAUUUAAUGGAUUGCCUUUGAUAGUCUCAGGUUACUGAAAGUGUUCUAACUACGUAUGGUUCAACCUGUUGAUUAUAUAUUUUUUUCAUUAUAUUAUUCUCUUUCAUACCAGUACAAGUCAAUUUUUCUGGGAACAGUGGACCCAAAUAGUGACUUCUCCAAACUCAAGCGUGCUGCAAACAGCCAAAAAUGUAUCCGUGCAGGUGGAAAGCACAAUGAUUUAGAUGAUGUGGGAAAGGAUGUUUACCAUCAUACCUUCUUUGAAAUGUUGGGAAAUUGGUCAUUUGGAGAUUACUUCAAGGUGAGAAGUUAGCUUUUCCCCGGUGUCAAAGAUUAGACACCAUAAGUGUCAACUCAUAACCUCUCUCUUCUGAUCAUGUAUCCACCGCAAGGGGGGUACUCCAGAUUUCAAGUGACAGGGGUGAUCGAAUAGGGGUAAAACUCAAAACCCAGCAAUCCGUGGACCAAAUAUAAACCCCCCCAAAAUCCCAUGCUAAAUUCUGAACAGCCAUAAGAUAAGUUUGGUUGUACUUUAUUCGCAGAACUACGAGGCCAGGAUAGCUGGACAGUAUCACGAAUGUUCAGAUUGUUUUGAAUACCCCUAAAAAGUCCUACUUAGAUCAACCCACCCCAAAAAGGUACUUGCCAAAUUUUCCUACCCGAAAAAUCCUUCAAUCACCCCUGUUACUUGAAAUCCGGAGUACCUCCCUGGGGUAUCCACCCCCUUAGGAAAAGUAGUGAAAGCAGCUCCCUCUUAAAUAAUCAACCCCUCCUCUUGCCAUCACUUUCUAUGGCAGAUAAAAGAAAUCCCUAAAGAAACUUCUUCUGUCAAAUUUUUUUAUAUAUAUUUUUGACUCUUGACUACACCGUAAGCAUCAGUAAAAGAAAUGAAUAUAUAAAUUGACUUUAUAGGGGUAACAUAAUAAUAAAAUAAUAAUGUAUCUAGUUUAGUAGUAGUUAACAUUAUCAUGACAACAUGGAACAAGAUUCUUAGAAUCCUGACCAGAAGCAAAGCAGUUGGCUAUGUACAAGCAUAGCUCUGCAGUUGAGUUUUAAAGAUGACCACAAACAACCCAUGGUACACUGUAGCUAGUGGCCAAAGUGGAAUAUGAAGCCACAGCAUCAAUAUUAUUCUGCCAUGCUUCGAUCAGUAUCAAAGAACAGUUGUCUUACAUGUAUCUGUUUAUUCUGACCUCCCAUUAUAUCUAUCUUGCAUUUUUUUUUCUAUAUACAUGUAGCCAAUGCAGAAGUUAUUUAACCUUUUAUUAAUUUAGAAAGAAGCCAUUGAGUGGGCUUGGGAGUUGUUAACUGUGAAGUAUGGCAUGCCCAAAGAUCGUCUUUAUGUCACGUACUUUGGAGGAGAAGAAGGCCUUGAAUCUGAUGAAGAGACGCGACAGUUUUGGCUCAAUAUGGGGUAUGUCAUGUACAUGUUGCUCUAAUCACCAGCAAUAAUUCAUUAUUUGUCAAUUAAAACACCUCUCCAACCUGACACCAAACCUACCUUUCAUUGGUGGAUCUAGAAUUUUUCUGUUGGGGCAAACAAAAUAUUGAUAGUAUUUUUCAUAAUAUGAAAAUUAUGCUGUACUGUAAGUAGUCAAACUAAUUUGUGUACUGCACAGUGUACAUAUGGCACAGUGAACUUAAUUAGGUAUUAUUAAAAGGUAUUACUUACUUAAUAGAAUACUAUCUACAGAAAAUCUAACAGUGGAUAUCUUACAGAGCCUUCCAUGCGCAUAGUGUUACAUUUUGGCCAAGCCUAAAUUUUCAUGUUCACUAGUCCUAGUUGUAACAGCUUCUUAUUAAAUAAAUGUACAAAUAGUUAACUUAUACAUCUGUGAAGUAAUGAACAUUAUGAUCUUCUUUCUCUUUAUUAUACAUGCACAGCAAAAAAGAGCCUUCAGAAGAUAUAAGAUAAAUGCUUUUCAAAUUUAUUUGUCAACCUAUUCAAAAUAAUACUGUUGUCCUCUUGUUGAAGUCUUCCCCCAGAAAGAGUGUUACCAUUUGGAAUGAAAGACAAUUUUUGGGAAAUGGGUGAAACUGGCCCAUGUGGACCUUGUAGCGAGAUUCACUUUGACAGGAUUGGUGGACGAGAUGCUGCCUCACUUGUAAAUAUGGACGACCCUACUGUUCUUGAAGUGUGGAAUCUUGUGUUUAUACAGUUCAACAGGUAUCAGUCGCUUAGUCCUUUAAGCCCCAAUAUCCACAUACAAAUUCUCCAAACUGGUCUCUAUGCAUAUCUUUAAAGAACAAGUUGAGAGAAUUUGAUAAAAGAUCAAGGCAUUUUCUCUUGAGUGGUUAUUCUAUUAAUUCUCAUAACUUAUCUCUUGACAGUGUAUGGAUAUUGUUUGGAGUAAUUUGAUCUUGGUCACUAUUGGGACUGAAAGGAUUAAUCUAUCAUUAUUCCAUUUUCUGUUUUCUGUCAUAAGUGAUUUUUGUAUAGAGAAAUUCAAAUGUAGAUGCAGGUAUUUGCGACUUAAGAUUUCACUAUAAAAGUAUUUUUCUGGUGGGAGACUGAAAAGCAAAUGGUACUGUGUACACAUGAGUAGUAAAACAAAAAAAUUAAUGCUUGGAAAAAAGAAUAUUUAAUUUUCAUGGUCUCACCAUAGAAUUUCAUUUACACACGCCAUGAAGUUAAAGUUAGCAUGCAGUCAACAAGAAGUCAGAAGUGAGUGGAAACAAAGUAUUUGAGUAGCCAAUAUCAUCACUAUAUUUCCUUUAUCCUCUCUACACAGUUCUAUAAGUUAUAGAUGUAGAGCCUGUGCAAAUGGAGGCAACAUUGUUGUAUGUUACAUGGCUUGUGUCUGAUUGCACACCCUGUUGCAUGUAGUUGCAUGUCAUUGGGAGUUGUUGCUCGAGGUUUGAGUCCGGUCAAACUUUUUAACUUUCUUUUUUCUGUGAUUGCUGAAGCAUGGUGCAACAAUGUUGGAUCAGUUUGCACAGCUCUUCCAACAUUGUUGGGGUCAUGCUCGUGCUUUGCACAUGGCUGACAAAGUCUUAUAGGUGUAUCCUUCCCACGAUGCACUUCAGGUCCCAACAUUGCUAGGCCAACAAAGCUGGGAGUUGCUGCAUCCGUUUUCACAUAGCUUAAUGCAUUUUAAAAUUAGGGAAACAGAUGGCAGUCUAAAAUCUUUGCCCAGCAAGCAUGUGGACACUGGGAUGGGGCUAGAACGGCUAACAUCAAUUACUCAAGGAAAGAUGUCAAACUAUGACACAGAUCUCUUUCAACCAUUCUUUGAAACGAUUCACAAGGUAAGUACUCCUUGUGUGUGUUUGUGUGGUUCACUGUUGUGGGUAAAUUUUUCCAGGGAAAUCUUCCUUGAUAAGUGGCAUAAAGCCUUUUCCUGCUUCAGCAGUAGAAUAAAAAACUGGUGUAAGUUUCCUGCAGUUUUACUUAAUUUUGCACUGCAUGAAUUGGAGCACUGUAAUUUCAAAACCUCUUCUGAGCUUGUUUGCACCAUAAAUUCUGUUUUGCCAUUAGAGAGUCAACAACCAGAGGAUUUUUUCUAGUGUGCAGCGUCAUAUGGGAAACUUUACCUCCAAAUCCUGCCUUUCUGUUGCAAAGCUGUUUUUACACUAAAAGUGGCGUGACCACCUGAUGAAAAGCAUUAAAUUUAUAAAAUUAAAAUUAUAUUGCAUGCAUUUGAACAUAAUUUUUUUAUUAUAAUUAAAAUAUAUUGAUAUAUUCAUUUCAACAUAAUUAUUUUGAUUUUUUAUAUUCAUACCCUUUUACAUAUAUUUUCAAGUAUUCAAUGUUGUUCUCAAAAGGAGUGUUUCAAUAAACAUUUUAAAAGAAAAAUUAACAAUAAAAAUGUUACUCAAUACUUCAAUGACUCUAUGUUAAUGUUGUCAAAAUGUGAAGAAAAUAACUGUAGGUUGUAUUUACAUAUGAGUAACCUAUGAAUUUGUUGAAACGUGGUAUGUUUUUAUUUUUCAUUUGUCAAUUUGUCAUUAAUUUUGCUGAAUUGUCUUCAUGGACUGAGUUUUCACUGGUUUGCUCUAGUAGUUGUUAUCAUCUUUAACUUCUUUUAGGCGACAGGUGUAAGGCCCUAUCAGGGUUUUGUUGGUCCUGAGGACAAAGAUGGUAUUGACAUGGCCUACAGGGUUGUCGCUGAUCACAUCAGGACACUUACAAUGGCUAUAACAGAUGGUGGGAAACCUGACAAUACUGGCAGGGGGUAAGACAGAACAACAAUUAGUUCUAGGCAAAUAGUAGCUCAUUAGUGAGAAAAUGGCUAACAUUUUGCGACACCAACUAGUGGUUUUCCCGCGAAAUGGUAUCUGAGGAAAGACUUCAGAAAUUCCAUACUGAUGAUAUGGACUACCCAGAUCUGGGUAGUGCUUCUGAUUGGUGAAUGCUGCAAGGGAAAGUUCCUAUUAUUAAAGUGGUAAAUUUCUGCCAGGAGGUUCUUAAUCCACUAGGUUCUUAUUCACGGGUGUUUACUGUAUUUAAAAAAAAAUUUUUCGCCACUUUUUUACAGCACGUAAAGAAACAAAACAUUACAGUAAAGGAGCCGUUUGACAAAUGUAUGCACGUGAUUACAAAUCAAAACUGUUUGCUGCUCCAAAUCUUCAGGGAGACGAAUAAUCAUAUUGACUUUAUUUUGCCUUAAAUUGUGUUUACAGGUAUGUUUACUUUAUUUAAGCCACUUUUCACAGCACGUAGCAUUACAGUAAGAAUCUUAAGAAGAUGUGUUCGUUAUGCCACAGAAAAACUAAAUUGUCCCCCAGGAUUUGUGGCUACACUGGUUUCAGUUGCUGUUGAUACUCUGGUAUGUUUCAAAAUUGAAAGUAAAACUAAAAGUCAUAUUAUUUGUUGUGUGAAGAAAUGUUGUCCUGCUGCUUAUAAAUAAUAUUAAUUUGGUCAUCUUAGUUGAUAAAUUCAAAAGUACAACUUCUUGGGAUGAUGUCUCUUCCCUGCUGACUGAGUAUUCACUGAUUGUCAUGGUGAAGCUGUUUUUAGUUCAAGCUUGCUAGAAUUCAACCUGAUUUGUAGGCUAAGAUAAAUUCUGUCAAAAAAAAUUAUGAGCAUAAUUCACUACCUUUGGGAGCAAGCGUUCUGCAGGCAACAUGUUGUGCUUCCAAUCAGAAUUCAGAGGAAUGAUAAGCAGAAUCUUAAGAAGACGUGAUUUGCAUUUAUAAGCGUUGCCUCCAUGCAGGAAAUGUAUUGUUGGUAAUCUUGUGGACAGUUCAGUAUGACCAUGGAUGUAAUUUUUUUUUUUCAGGGUGAGUUCUUCCCAGAAGUGACUAAAGACCCUCAACAGGUAAAUUAAUAAUGAGUUUAUUGAAACUACAUUUAGUUAUAAUUUAUUGAAAAUUAGGGGAGUGGGUUCUUCAGGGAAGGCAGAUAAGGAAAGAACGGAUAAGGCGAGGUUGAGGGAGGGGGGGGCGUAGUGAGAGGUGUUGAUGAUAAUACAGUCAUGUAUUACAUUAAGGAGGAGGUCUGGCUGAGUGCUCAGCGCGUCAGACUCGCAAUGCGGUGGUCACGGGUUCAAGUCUUCCUCUCUGGCUACUUGUGGAUUUGUUCUCGGUCAUCCCCAGUUCCAAUCCUCAGCCACACUUGAAAAUAGCCAUCUGGUUGCCUCCUGCCAGCUGGGGUAUUUAAUCCUUUUAUGUUGUAUUUGAUUUAUUUGUUUCUAAGUACUUGAGUGGAGUGCCUGUAAACUAGCUGGAUAAGCUAAGUGCACUUUCCACUAUAAACAAGCCUUUAAACCUUUUUUUUUCCAAAAUAAUUUGUAUAGGUAAUAGCAUGAUUUGUAGUGAUAUUUGGCAUAAAUUCCACGAGUGAUAUUUCAAAAAUUGUAGGCGAAUGAAAUUUGAGACAAUUUUGAAAUAUCACGAGUGGUGUUUAUGCCACAUAUCACGUACAAAUCAUGCUAUUAUUUGUUUAUACUACUACCCGCAAUAGUUUUGUAAUUUUCACAUGUAGGUAUUUCAAAUUAUGCUGAAAUACCACUGCUCUAAGCCAAUCAAAUUGCAGAAAUUUUUCAUGUAGUAGUAUAGUGGGUGAAAUCUAUUGACAAGGCUUGAAAAAGUACCCUGUAUUUAUGUGAGACAAAUAAAUUUUUGUAUUGGGCAAGAAACAUUUUAGGAUUGAUUGUUUACAGGUAAUGGAUGUGAUUAAUGAAGAAGAGACCCAGUUUCUUAAAACUUUGGCCAGAGGAAGGAAAUUGUUUGACAGAACAGUUAGCAAGCUAACAGAUCAGGUUAUACCUGGGGAUGUUGCGUGGCGGCUUUAUGAUACGUAUGGGUUCCCUGUGGACUUGACUCAACUUAUGGCUGAAGAAAGAGGGCUGACUGUGGACAUGGGCAUGUAUGAAGAAUGCAAGAAAACAGCCCAGGUUGGUAGUCAUGUUCAGGAUUUUUUGUCACCUUGCAAGUGGUUCAAAGACUGAUAGUCGAUUCUAUGUAUCUACCUCUUUUUUUGUCUUUGAUUUUAUUUUUGUUUUUUUUGCGUUUUUAUUGACCUCAACGUCCUCUCAGUCCAUACACAAAAAAUUACUUGGCCCAUAUCCCGCCAUUUUGACCUCCCACGCACGCAUAUGUAAAAAGGUGAUGUUUUGAUCACUAGCCUGCGUAGCAAGCGUUUCCGCGCGAGUUCGUCGAGAAAGUUGGGACGAGAGCUGUUCAGCUCCCGCUCUAACUAUCGCGCAAUAACUCGAUUGGAAACGCUUGCUACGCAGGCUAUUUGAUCACUAGCCCUUCGUUUGGAGAGCUAGCCCUUUGCUGUGACAAUUCACACUCAUCAACUCAGUUGGCAAAACCAAAUAUUUGCAAUAGUGUUUACCCUUGAAAACCAUAACAUUGAAAUUCAAAUUGUCAUUUGUUGUCCCUGUAGGUUUCAAAUAGAAGGUAGUGGGAAGAAUCCAGUGUUGAAUGAGUAUCAAUUAGAUUCAUCUUCUGUGAUCAAGUCCUCAGUUCUCAUCACCACUCUGUUUGACAGAGAAUUGAUAGUACAAGGAGAAAUUUUAAGCUGAUCACUCUUAGCAGGGCUUAAAGGGUUAAGCAAAAACAGGGCAGCUGACGACGUUUUUUGUAAUAUAUUAAAUGUCUAAAACUUUCUAAAGCUCAAAAAAGCUUGAAAAUUUUUGGAUAACCGUUCCAUUCGUCUAAGAGAUUGAGAGGUUUUUUACUAACUUACCUAAGAUUUUUGGGUGAUGGCACUUUCUCAAUUUUUCACAUUUUAUUACGUGCAUAGUGCGAUUGUUGUUGAAAAAGGUCUCAUGAAAAUUGAGGCAUAAAGACAAAACGUCCCUUAAAAUUCUCAAAUGACAAUAUAGCUAACCCAUGUCCUCGAACUUUCCACCGGACCCUUUAGGGUAGCUAACAGCCUCCGACGAGACGAAAAAGCCACCUGAAACUUUCGAAACGGCCAAAGUUUCCCCAAGACGUCUGAACAAGUAAAUAACCCUUACGGUAACUCCAAAUUAACCAAGCAGGCUUUUAAAACAUACAGAAAACCAUUUGAAACACUUCUGCUGACGUAUUUGGAAACAUUUAAUAGGUUGUUGGGUGCCACUGAAAAAUGUAAUUACAACUUACAGGAAAUUGCCAGAGGAAAGGGGUCUGGAAACGAUGAUGCCAUUACUCUUGAUGUUCAUGCCAUCAACAAGCUGCAAAAGGAAUUCAAUCUUUAUCCCACAGACGAAAGUCCUAAGUACAAAUACACAUCUGAUGCGCAAGGCAAUUAUGGUAAGUGGACUUACAGUAAUACUGGUCCUCACUAGCUAUGCAAGCAUAGGCAUAAGCAUAAGGAGCAUAUACGUAAGUGAGGACAGCCUUGAUAUAAGCACAAGCGUGAACACAAGAAUAUCAAGACCUUGAAUUUUUCUUCACAACUUUGUAUGUGCAUCUCACUUUUUUGUACAUUUCUUUGCCGUUUUUGCGCGAAUUCGACGUGAAAUUGCCUAAUACUGCUUUUUAGGGAGAACGUAAACAAGCGACGACGAGAUUUUAUAUUCUCUUUCUAAACCUGAAUAUGGUUCUUAGAAAUUCAUCUCCGGGAGGGUUCGCCUACAUUUGACAAAAUAAGUGAAAAUUCAUUUUUGAAGCGACGUUAUUGCUGCCAUCACUUCGUCUGACCGUAAAGUCUCUGUUGUGAGGACGAGGACGACAUUUAUAGAUUUUAAGUUUUGUGGCCUAUUCUUUACAAAUAGACACCCCGGAAAGCUUAAAUAUACUUUUUUUUUCACCACAAACGUUAGCACGCUUAUUAGAUAUGUUAUUACCACAGGGGAUAUGCGAGGGGUGUGUUGAUUGGAGUUCCACACUUCGUGUAUCCCAUCGGAACAAAGUGCUGAGAUAUUGGCAAAUCUGUUCAUGACAAUGACGCUAACUGCUGAAUUCGAUUCCAGUGUGCAAACUAUUAAACCAUGUUUCGCGUCUUUUCUUUCUAGUGUUUGAGCCUGUAGUUGGUACGGUAAAGGCAAUCAUUUAUGAAAAAGAGUUUGUUAAUGAGGUCACUAGCGGAAGUCACUGUGGUGUUGUAAUGGACAGAACCUGCUUCUAUGCCGAGCAGGGUGGGCAGAUAUAUGAUCAGGGAUUCAUGACCAAAGAAGGAGAUGAAGUAAGUGACAUCUUUAACAGCGAUUGGUUUAUAGUCUUCUCUUGAUACAAGCAGCUGUGAGAUAAAUUAGCUUUGAAUUUAUGUUCAGCCGUGUUGCCGAAAAUAGUGCAUACCAUUUGAUAGUGGGACAUUGAGGAGAAAAUAAGUGCCUUCCAUCAAAGUGACCAACGUUCGCAUCUCGGACAGCAAUCCUUUUAUCCGGAUUCCAAGAGGUAUUUCGUCGGAUCCUUCAAUUUCCUGUUUACACUUUUCCAAGAGUUAUAGAUAGCAUUUUUGACAUAACUCUCAUACAAAGAUUCAUUUCCUUUUUAGUUUUUUUGGGUUACGUUGAUUACUUCUGUCUUUUCGUCUUAGGAAGUGGAAUUUUCCGUCACGAAUGUUCAGAUUCACGGAGGCUAUGUACUUCAUGUAGGAGCAAUAGAGGGUACCCUGAGAGUUGGAGACCAGAUGAAAUGCCAAAUAGAUGAAGUAUGUAUUCUCCAUAAUAUUUAAACCUAAUAGCUUCGUGGACUACUGGACUACAGUUCUUUGGCUUUAUUCUCACGACUGGAACCAACCCGUUAAAAGGGAAGAUAAAGGGAAAGGCGUACACGAGCCAAAAGCCCAAACGGCCGGAGCUUAUCCCGGUUUCCUUAGCAUGACGCAUGCCUAGGAGUAUUGCUACUCCCCCCUGGACGGGAUGCUAGUCCAUCGCAGGGUUACCCCCCAGCAGUAUGUCCACGUUUUUCCGCAAAAAUGACGCCAAAAUUCACACGCGCGCACUACGUGGUAAUCUCGUUUUCAUAGUCGUCCUCGUCAACAGAAUAUAAAGGUCUCUAUUAACAACGGUGUCUUUCGUUUGCAGAUUAAGAUAGUCACUGACUGUAAUUACGUUCUAAUGUUUCUCCCAAAGAUGUUUCCAUUCUAGGCACAGUUUGGUUCCGUUCUUCAUUUAUACGCAGAGAAUUUAAGACGUGUCUUUUUUACAGCAACGGCGAAGAGUCACCAUGAAUAAUCACACAGCUACGCAUGUGCUGAAUUUCUCCUUGAGAAAAGAACUGGGUGAAGCGGAUCAGAGAGGCUCGCUAGUUGCACCCGAUAAACUCCGAUUUGAUUUCACCGCUAAGGUAAAUUAAGUGUACUAAAAUGCCUCUUUAACAAUUGCGAUACUCAAAGUAAUUAAAAAUUGUGAGCGUUGGUCGAAAAUGAAAGUCAAUCUGUCUGUUUGUCUUGUUACAUUACAAAUUAAUUCACCCAUCAAGAACGUAGAUCAGCGAUUAAGGGCAUUGUUAUGGAUGUUUGCUACUUCCCUUGGUGUCAACGACUCUGUGGAUGAAAUAAUUUAAUAUUGUCGCCCGAUAUGUCCAGCAUAAACCUCUGAUAAAUUGCACGAUCUCCUGAUAGCCAUCUCAAUGAGGUGUCUAAAUGCAAUAAUUUCAAAGAGGAAAGUAACAAAUAAUGGCAAAUAGCUCAUUCAAACUCGAAUUAUUGAAUAUGAUGCUAAACCUGUGUACAGUAUGGUGGCCUAGGAGUGCCAUAAGAAAAUUGUGUAGUAUCUUGUAAGUUCCCCGUAAUUUAUUAUGUUAUUUCAUUUUAUUUUUCAACUUUAAACGAAAAAAAAUUAUUAUUGAGAUACUUUAAAUCAAAUUUAAACGAAAAAAAUAGAAAGUAAAGUAAAUAAUUUUUAAGCAAAAGUAAAAUGAAACGAAAAUAAUAUUUCCUUGGCCUAGCAGUGCCAUAAUGUUUUUCCAAAAAAAAAAAAUAUGUUGUUCAUGGCCUAUCGAUGCCAGAGCCCACAAUGCACUUCGCUGAUCUUUUGCGUGGCUCCUAAGCGAUGUUUGCAUGAUUUCUCUAGAGGGCGCGGUCCAUUCAACCAAAAUUUCCGGAAAUUUCGGUCCAAAACUCAAUGGAUCGGUUCGGUCCAACCGGAAAAGUUUCGAAAAAACAGGUCCAUCUUUUGAGGUGGUCCUCUUUUCCCGGUCGGACCGGUCUGAAUGUUGGUUGAAUGGAUCGCGCCCUCUUCAAUCAUGUCGGGUAAACGUAAGCAAUGGGACGACUACAAGGAGCGCCAAGGAAAGAGACGGGUAGGUGCAAAGAGCGAUAAAGCUAGCCCCAGUGCAUCUGAAGGCUUCUUGACUGUGCAGAGACUAUCGGCAAACGUUCAAGGCAAGUGCCAAAAGUACAACCGCAUUGGCCCUUUAACCCGCGUGCCGAUCCACAAAGAACCAACUUUCAAGAAUAUCAAAGAUGCCUGUAAGUCGCAUUUUGGAACAAAUUGCGAAUGUGAUGUUUUAAAAAACCUCUCCAUUCUAUCCAGCAGCUCACGCCACCAACGCUCUAUUUUAUUUUGUGUCGAAGGGCCAUAGAGUACACUAUGAACAGGAUCGUCUAAAUCAUCAUAUUGCGCUCGGAGAAAAGUGUGCAUUGUUGCCAUAAUCCCAGUUUCUGAACCUCUGUCUAUCCUGAUUGUUAAUGGCAAUACUCUGGAAAUCAAAACAUAAAAACUAAAUUUAAAUUAAAAUGGAUGUAAAAGAUGUCAGCAUACCGUAACUUUAUUUCCUUUGUAUUUUUGGGUCAUGAUAUCUACAAAUCAACUGUGAAUACUGGGUUUGGGUUAUUUCAAGUCCCUCCUGCCCUAGUAUAAUUUUAUCAUGUCAACGGUCAUAACCAUUAGUAAACUGAAAAAGAACGACUGUGCCAGGAGGACAGUAAAUAAUCAUCAAUUUUUUAAAAUGGUUACGACCGCUGACGCGAUAAAAUUAUACAAGGGGAGAGGGGUCACUGGGAGCACUCUCGAAGCAAUCACCUGUCAAAAACAAACAUAUAUAUCUUAUAUAAAAACAAAAACAUUUAUUUUACCAAUGGAAGUUGUUGAGCAACAAACAUCUUACCUCGGCGUUCAUAAAGAUAAUCCAAGUAGAAUUUUCCUAUGAUUUUAGGGUUGUUGUUUGAAGUCCAAAUUCGCAAGAAAUUUAUCCUGGCACUGUACGUGUCUUGUGCACCGUAGAUACACAAAGGGAACAUCACCUUCUGGUAUCCGCAAAGCUUGUCAUGGCCAUCUAAAGAUAUAGUGCAGUCUGCUCCCUUUUCGAAUCCAGAAAAUAAAGAAAGUAGUGUUAUAACAAAUCCUAAUAGCAAUUUCAACGCGAUGUCAUUUCAAGUAAAAAAUGGAUAGAAGCCUACUUACACCAGUAACAUAAGUAUUGGUUCUCUGGUGUCGCUUUGCUUUUCCCACACCUCCUCUAGCUUGAAGUCCUUCCGGGGAAACUUCUUUCAUGACUGCGUAAACAACAUCACGGGGCACAUUUAGCCCGUGAAUCUCGCGUACCUUUUGUUGCAUGGAACGAUAGCCAAGCAGCUGUCCCGGACCAUCCAUUUCGCGUCUCACAGCUUCUUUCACAUCUUCAAUAUCCACUUCAUAAUCCGUGAACUUUAUGUCAAAGUACUGCAGCCUGCGUGCUAAAGUUCGCCCACUCCAUGCAUACAUUGGGUAUUUCGAUUCUAUGAAGUCUAAAAUCUCACUUUUUUCCAGUUUUGCCGGACGUACUGAGAUAAAUCAUCUUUAAGCGUUUGAUCUUGCAUCCAGUCAGCAUUCCUGCUGUGAUUUGCCGCCAUCUUCUGUGGGAAACGUCAAUACCCAAGUGCAUUGUGGGCUCUGGCAUCGAUAGGCCAUGAACAACAUUUUUUUUUUUUUUUAGAACAACCUUAUGGCACUGCUAGGCCAAGGAAAUAUUAUUUUUGUUUCAUUUUACUUUUGCUUAAAAAUUAUUUUACUUUACUUUCUAUUUUUUUCGUUUAAAUUUGAUUUAAAGUAUCUCGAUAAUAAUUUUUUUUCGUUUAAAGUUUAAAAAUAAAAUGAAAUAACAUAAUAAAUUACGGGGAACUUACAAGAUACUACACAAUUUUCUUAUGGCACUCCUAGGCCACCAUAGUACAGUCGUGGUCAUGAGUGUGUAAUGAAUUAACUGUGAACAUUUCAAAUGAACCCUUUUUAUUUUUGUACAGUACCGUCGCGUGGUAGCACUCAUAUGUUCAGGAUUUUAAUAAGUGAAAUUCCUGAAUUUUGUUGAUUUUAAGUUUUUAGCACUCCUGGCGUUUAACCAUGCGGUUUUUCUUUUAGGGUGCGAUGACAACAGAACAAAUCAAGAACACUGAACUAACAAGCCAGGAUAUUGUAUCAAGAAACAUGCCUGUAUUUGCUAAAGAAGUCCCUUUAGCUUUGGCGAAGGAUAUUCAAGGACUCAGGGCAAUUUUUGAAGAGGUUAGUAUAAUUAGUUACAACCUUGUACAGUGUUUUCGCGAAAAUCACCGUGGCUUCUGAACCGCAGAGGAGAAGUCUCGUUCGCGCACUUAUUUUUCCCGUGCUUGGUGCCGGCUACGUGCUCAUACCUUGAAAUCUGAUUGGUUCAUUUGAUGGUUUGCACGCAUUGUGAUUGGCUGUUUCAACUUCUCUUGGUUUCUAGGUUUACCCUGACCCAGUCCGCGUACUUUCUAUUGGCUCGUCAUUUGAUGACCUACAAGAAGAUCCACAGGCCGGAUAUAAAUACUCUGUGGAGUUUUGUGGCGGAACGUAAGCAGCAAUUCCAUUUUUCCUUGUUUUUUUUUUGUUGUUGUUGUUUUUUAUCUCCACUUCCGAAGUUCCCGCAUAACCGACAGUAAAACAAAGUUGUCUUCUUGACAAAUGAACUGUUGUUAUUCAGGUAAAGUUGUUUGUAUGCACAUGUUACAUAAAAGUUUUUAAUAUUUAGUGCUAACAUUUUCCGAGAGAGAGACAUUUCUGGUGCGUAUUGAAACAAGGCCUUAAAAAUAAUUUGUCCCAAAGUAUGUGACAUAAAAUGUACAAAUCACUGUAAGAGAGGGGAAGCUACAAUCUUGGACAAAGAGUGUUAAGAAUUGUGCACAUCCUUACCCACAGGACCCACAGGGAAGGGGAAAAUUUUUGUCACCGGGGUUCUAUCUAGGGUAUUUGAGGGGUAGAAGCUUCCCCCCCAAAAAUAUUGUUAUCAUUACAGUAUAUAAGUCACUAUAUCGAAAAAAUCAUCAAGACGCGACAAGGUUAGUGCAUACACUGUAACAUUUCUCAAAAUUACGUCUCAAAAUGCACCAGAUUGCAUCUCAGCGCAUAUUCAUUUCAAAAAAUUUUCGGGUGGGGGACCCCUCCAAGAGGCUUGUCGCCUUCGGCCACUAAGGACUUCUCCCCCAAAUGAUAAAUCCUAGAUAGAAACCUGGUCACUGCCAGUGCUUGAGACAGCUUUUCUUUGAAACUAGACAUGGCGACGUCCGUUUUUCUUAACAUUUUGUCCAAUAUAGUAGCCUCUACAACCUCUCAAAGGACGAAAUGCUUUUGACAGUAAUUGUAAACUGCCUUUUGUCUUCUAAACCUGUUUUCACCAGACAUUUGCAACGCUCGGGGCACAUGCAGUCCUUUGUUCUUGUAUCAGAGGAAGCAAUUUCUAAAGGAAUCAGACGGAUAGUUGCCCUGACAGGACCGGAAGCGCUCAAGGCUGAGAAAAAAUGUCACUUAUUGGAGGAACAGGUCGAAAAAAUACAGAAUCUGGUACAGGAAAAUAUGAAAAAUGGCAGCUUGAACAUUAAGGGGACAUCACAGGAAAUUGCAAGACUCACUGAAGUAAGAAUAAAUAGUGCUAGUGAUAAUUUUCUCGCAUUUGUAAUAAUACUUUAUUCAAAUACAUGUACAUAAUUUCUUGUUGGUUGCUACGAGAGAUUUUUUCCGGGUACUCCGGUUUUCCCCUCUCCUUAAAAACCAACACUUCCAAAUUCCAAAUACGAUGGUCUUCACAUGCGACGAGCUCAACUCAUAAAUUAAAAGUUUGUUUGAUAAUGUAUAUUUAGCCUCGUUCAGGAGAAAAUUAAUUACUGAUCUAAUUCAGUUGAAUGGUUCGACGCAUCCUAAGUUCGACAUCUGGCCCAACAGACGAUCUAAACAUAAUUUAGGUCGACCCAAAUUAGAGUUUGGUUCGUCUCAAGACAAGUUUGACGUUUGGCCUAGGCCUAAGAAUCUUUCAGAUCGUUUUCACUUACGUGGUCAGCAGCUUUGCAAUUUUUCUGGAACAAAAGAAAGUUCUAUUUCGGGAGAGAAGACAAUCUUGUUCCAAAGGCCCUGUAUAUAUACGUGGCCCAGCGCCGUUUCACUGUGUUGUGCACCAUUGUAUGGCCGCUGUGACGUCAUGUAAACGAUCUUAGUUUGGGACCAGGCUCGGCAGUGGGGGGAACAGGCAAAAAAAAAGGGGUCAAAUAGGGAAAAUAAGUAAAUAUCGGCGAGCGAAGCGAGUCGAGCGGUGGAUUGGGGAGGGGGAAAGAGCGCCACCCUUUUCCCUCCCAAGAUUACCUCUCAGCUCGCUUCGCUCGCCGAUUUUUUUUUCCUUUUUCCCCCAAUGCGGAGCUUGGUCCCAGGCUAAAGCGAUCUUCGUUUGUUUUCCUUAUCCCAGGAUCUUUCCGCUGCUGUUAUUUCUGCCUGGCGUAAAGACGAAAUGAGAGCAAAGUUAAAGGCCGUGAAGAAACUUGUGGACGAUGCUGAUCGAGCAAAGAAGAAUGCGAUGAUGCAGCAGGUGAAUAAAUACCGACCAAUUUACUUUUAACGUGAGACUGUCGUAUACACUGUUUUAUCGGUUGUGAAUAUAACCAACAUUUUCCACCAUUCUCAUCUCAAAAUGACCAAGAUGAACUCUGGUUCCGUGUUGAGUUUUGUUUUCUUUUCUUUUUCACUAAAAUUCAUGUGCAAAUCUAGCAGAGCUUUUAUAAUCUGUAUACGUCGUUGAUUUCAUCCUAGUUAUUGUGAGACCGCGUACUUUUGUUGCGCGUGACGUGGGAAAGCUGCCGUGUGGUUCCCAGCCAACAGCUCCCACAUGUGUGGAGAGGAGCUGGUGCGUAAAGGAGUGCUUUUGCGCUCGCCUGACGAAAAUCCAGGACACCACUUCUUGAGUCGGCAGUAUAGGGUCUGAGAUACACGGCUUAGUUCCUGCUUUAACGAAAUUUAGUGCCAUUUUAUAUACGACUUUUUUAUGAAUCGUAGUUAAUAAGUGUUUAGUUGAUUUUGUGUUUACUAUAAAUUGUGUUCAAGUGCUUCUAAGAUUGGUAUAUAAUGUUUACUUAGUUUGUACGUUAAAACGUAAUUUUGUAUAAUAGUGUAUUGAAUAGGACUUCAAACACUUAUUGUAGAGUGGUAUUUAGCUGCAUGCUUCUUUGUGCGUUUACUGCUUUGCUUCGAAUAUUGCUUUGCAUAAGGGCCAUGGUGAUUUAUUGCUUAAUGUGGCCUUUUUGCUAUUGCACUGUAGUUAGUUAAUUUAGUCAGCCCUCCUGCGUUUUUUAACUUGUCAUUAUGUGCUGUAGAUAUUGGUGAAGUUGUGUAAUUUAGUAAGGGGUGGCGGACGUGGAUCAUUACCCUGGCGAUAUUUGGCGUGCUCGUGCACCCAUCCUGAGGCGAGAUGUAAUGUACAGUUGACGAAGUACAGUGUUGCGGUCUUGUCUGUGUUUUGUAUGCUGAUGGCAGCACAGCAUUGCACUCCUUUGUGUACGCCCGCCUCGAAACAACAACAACAACAAAAAACACGACUUUGUUUGUUCAUAGGUCCGACGGCCAUGCCAUGCUGAUGAGCCUUGAUAAGGGUGAAGCAGCUGUCUAUGGCUCCCACUGCGCGAGUGAUAUGACUGUGCGCAUGCGUUAGGUACUGGCCAGACCGAGGGUUGGUGUAUUUGCGUCACUUGCUGUUUAGUUUGUCUCAUGAUAUGCCCGCUACGUCAAAAAAGAAUAUCCAUAUAUUACAUUACCACACAACAUGAAUAAGUUCAAACUCUUUAAUUUUUGUUUCAGGCUGUGGAUAAAGCAAAGGCCAUGAUUGCGGAGGAUAGCAACAGGUCUUUUGUCGUUGACGUUUUUGACGCUGGAUCCAAUCAGAAGGUAGUAAUAAAAGCAGAUGAGCCUGGCAAUUCUCGAUACUGCGAUGAAUAUCAUUAACUGGACGCUCUUAGAGCGUUACAUCGGACUGCACUAGUAGAAAACAGAAGCUCACCUGUGGAUGUUAUGGGCUUAAUCAGAUAGUUAUACCAAUAAAACACUAAUUAACAAUUAUUCCUCGUGGAUGAGUCAAUUAUGAGGCCGAAGGCCGACUGGGCUAAUCAGAUGGGGAAGUUUUUAGUAAAAUCCAACUAAAAAUAUCGAAGAACAACUUUAGCUAGUAAAAACUAGACUUUAAUCCUUUUUGCCGCCAAAAAGCCCGCGCUUUUCGCUACUAGUGGACUAUAACAUAUAGCUUAGUAGUAGCUCAACCAAUAAGAACGCAGCAUUGAUAAUAGACCACUAGUUGGGUUAGUAGUUGAUAGUAGCGCAAAAGCGAAAUAAUAGUCAUAAAGUGGAAUAGAAAAGAAAACAAGCAGUUUAUACAACACCUUGUAAAGAAUUUCGGUCGUCCAGUACAACUUACAAGAGCGUUACCAAUCGACCAAUAAACCAUGACGUCAUAUCUUCUCUCGAUGGAUAACUCAAGCCACUGUUUAAACAAGACAACCAGUCUUAAACGGUUUGAAGUGCAACAUAUGUUCAGCCACACCCGGCACGCGACUCGUCAAAGCAUCUUAAGUUAAAAAAAAAUUAAGCAAGCUCGAGCUUUCAAAGCUGUACUUUUUUCAGUGGCCGACUCUUGUGUUGAUGUUGUAUGCGCAUGUUCACCUCGUUUCCAUGACAAUCUGAACGGGAUAUUUUGCACGACAAGAGGAAAUGUAAAUGUUACCUCGGGCCACUCGCGCCCGAGUGAGUGAAAAUAUUCUUUUGAGAGAGGAAUCCCUCGCGUGCCGUCGAACGAGCUUCGGAACUAUGUUAGUUCAAGUUCAUUUCCGAGAAAAAGAAAGUAGCCCAUUUUGAUGAAAGGUUUUCACGGUGGAUUGGAUGAACUAACUUUUUUUUACUUUUAAGGUUCUCGAUGCAGCUCUGAAGCAAUUCAAAAGUUUGGCUCCAAAAACUGCAGCUCUUCUGUUCAGCGUGGACGAAGAUAAUGGAAAGAUUAUUUGUCUGGCUCAAGUACCGAAGGUAAACACUCUUUAACGAUGUUGACCCUUUGAAGAAGCAAUGGUACUUGGGAAAAUACCUAGGCUACGUGAUGUAAUAUGUUAUUUCGACGGUUGGGCCAAGCGAAGCUCGCUUGAAAAACAGUUUUCUCCCUCGUCUUUUUGACUGUUCCAAUUUUGUGUCUUGUGUGAACGAGCAAGGCAAACGGUACGUUAAUAAUCGAAAAUACGGGAGUAGUUAAUACGCGACCAAAAUGUUGUAAUUCCGCAAUAGCUGAGUGGAACUUCGCCUUAUAAUCACGUCAUUUAUACGACUAACACUCAAUGGUACUAGAAACUAAUAGUUGAUAUCGGUUUGUCAUCAUCUUCAUCAUGAUUAAGGUCAUUAUUAUUAUUAGUUUUUGAAGUGUUAUGUCUAAACAGAGAUGAAAUAUUUUCAUUACAGGAAGUAAUUCAGCAAGGAUUGAAGGCGGACGAGUGGGUCAAGUCUGUCUCAGAACUCUUAGGAGGCAAAUGCGGCGGAAAAGACUUGUCCGCGCAGGGAUCUGGGCCCAACGUUGGCUGUCUCGAGAAAGCGGUCGAAACAGCCACUCAAUUUGCAAAGCAAAAACUCUGACAUGUAACAACGCUCGCCUGCUCGCCCGAGUUAGGAAGUACUGUAUUUUGAAUUUCAUCUGACACAAUUGUAUUUACAAUGUUUCACUAUGUCUGACGGGUAGAUAAAUUGAAUUGUAGAUGAAGAAGCUCAUUGCAUCAGUUUGUUACAUCCUCUGGCUCGUAACACUCGCGUGUUCGCCCUUGACUGUACACGAUUAUCUUUUCAAAAGAGGCCAAAUUUAGAAAUCGAUUCUAAAUACUUAAUCGAAACCUCGUUUAAACAGGUGGGGACACAUUUUUUGAAUGGACAAAAACGUGCACGGAUCCGCCUUUCGUUUACACGAUACUCGCGGGGCCGAGCAAGUUUUUGACCUGAUCAGAAUUAGGGACUCGUGUGAACAGAACUGCAAUCUGUAACAGGAUACGGUUCUGUAUACACGGGUUGCACAGGUAAAAAUUCGUCCGUGGAAAACUUGUCCAUACCCGUGUAAACGGGGUCUAAGGGCCUGUUUACAUGGAGGUGGGGGACCCCCGGUAGGUUAGGUAACAGGUGGCGGGUCACCCCACCUAUCAUGUAAACGUGAUCAAAUUAAAGUGAGAGAUUAUAUGAACAGGCGGGUUACCCCACCUAAGCGGGUUACCUCACCUACCUGGGGUCCUCCACCUCCAUGUAAACAGGCCCUAAGAAGAGCAAUCAAUGCUAUGAUGGCCCGUCAUCUUAUUGCAAAGUCCACAUCCUACAG